ACUCGAUAAAUAGUUAUUUGACAAUUAAUAAACAAAAUUAUUUAUGUAAAUUGCUAUUUUUAUUUAUUAAUUUUAUAUAAACAAUGUUUUAAAAUGAGUGAAAUUGACAGGCUUGAAGUUUGUUUGGAUUAUUUAGAAAAUGUCAAAGGUUAUAAAAAGUCAAAAAAGAAAGGUAAAUCACCAGUUAAUUUUGAGGAAAAUGUUACAAAUUUACAAGAGAUAGCAUUAACAAGAGGACUCAAUGAAACUGACAUUGAAAUUAUUAUUAAUGUCAUUAAAAAUAAUGAUUUACGAGUUGGAUUAAUAAUACCACUGAUAGAAUCACUAAUUCCAAUAAAUAAAAUAUCAAAAUCAACAAUUGACAAUGUUGUUAAAUAUUUAAUAAAUAAAUCAGAUGAUAUACCAGUAACAAUAUCAACAUUAUUACUUCAAUGGUUUGUUGGUUUAUGGGAAUAUCAAUUAAUUGAUAAAAAAAUAUUAAUUUCUUAUUAUGAUAUAUUUUUUUAUUUAUUAUUAAAAAAAAAAAAAUUAGAAUCACAAAUUGCAAAAUUAAUAUAUAUACUAACAAAACCAGAAGAUGUAACAAGACGACAAGUAACAAGACUAUUAUAUUUACAAUCACAAUAUAAAAAAUCACCAAAACAUAUAAUUGCAUUAUUAUCAUUAUUUAAAUCAUAUAAACCAGAGCUAGUACCAGAAAAAAUUCAAACAAUAAAUAUUGAAAGUGUAUGGAAAUGUAUACCAAAUAAUAUGAUAAUUGGUUUUGAUAAUGCUAAAAAACGUAAUUUAAAUGAUGAUUAUAAUAAUAAUGAAUGUUAUUGUUGGAAUUUAAUAAAUAUUAAUGAUAAAACAAGCAAAAAAAAACAACAAUUAAUACCAUCAAUUAGAUAUUUUAAUAUUGGAUCAAAUAAAUUUAAUAAUAAAUAUAAUAAAUUGUUAUUUGAUUUAAAUAAUUUUGAUGAUAUUGGAAGAUAUUAUUUUAAUGUUAAAUUACCAACAAAUGCAACAUCAUUACUUGCAAAUGUUGCUGGUUAUCAUUUUUUAACAUAUACUAGUUAUGAAUAUCAAAGUAGAUUUUCACAUAAUUUAUAUUAUACAUUAAAACGUGCAUUUAUUAUUGAAACUGAUUAUUAUUCAAAUAGUCAAAAAAAUAUAUUACUUGAUAUGACUAUUGAAUGUUGUCGUUAUAUGCAAUUUGGUAUACCAGUUGUUGUUAGAUUUUUAAAUGAAUAUUUACCAUAUGAAUGUGGUAAAUAUCGUUUUAAAAUUUUACGUUUAAUUGAAUGGUCAACAUUUAUUUCAACAUCUGAUUUUGAUAUUGUUGUUGGUCCAUAUCUUAAAAGUGCCUUUUUCGAAUCAUCAAUUGAGAAUAAAUGUGUUAUCAUCAAAUCACUAACAGCACUCACGGAAAAUUUGUUUAUCAAUCAAAAAUUUGGCAAAACAAAUUUAAUAAAAGCAUCACCAUUUCUUGGACAAGUGCCAACAAGUGAACUCAAUGAUUUAAUACAAACUAUUGUUAAAAUUGUUGAUAAUUUAAUUGUCAUUGGUUUAAAUGUUCAUCAAAAUAAUAUUGAAUUAUUAUCAGUGUCAAUUGGAUAUUAUGAGACAUUUAAUAAUCUUAUUAUAAAUUAUAAAAAUCCAAUGAUACAUUUACCACCAGUUUGUGUUUUUUAUGCUGGUCUUGUUAGUAAAAAUUGUUUAAUAUUAUCAAGAAUAUGUGGAUUGUUGUUACAGUAUCGUGAUGUACAUGAUAAAAUUGAUAAACUUGGAUUGAGAAAUGAAUUUAUCAAUGAAAUUAAUGAUUUAUAUACAAUUGCAAAUGAUCUUGAUAAUGUAUUGUGGUUUGAUAAUGCAUUUGUUGAUAGACAUGAGGGUAAAUUUGUUCCAAAUUUACCAAAUUAUAUUGUUAAAAAAUUAGAAGAAGAUAAAGUUCAAAUUAAUGAGUUACAAAAAUAUCUUGGUAUUCGAAAUCAUUUGGCUUUUUUACCACAUCUUUCUACACUUAUGAGUACUGGACUGAACAUCACGACAAACGAGGCAGUAUUGAGAGUUGCUGAGUAUUAUUUUCCAAAAGUAAGCCAAUUUCUUAACAUCUGCAACAAUCCAGACUCUUGAAAAAAAAAAAAAAUAAAAAACAAAUUAUUAUUAAUAAAACAAAUUAGAAAUAUAAAAAUUAUAAUAUUAAUCCUUGCUAAUAAUAAUUUUAUAAAAUAAAUAAAAAACAAAUCAGCCUUUAAGAUUUUAUUUCUUCCAACUUACAAAUUAUUUAUUAUAUUCAUGAUAUUGUGAUUUAUUUAUUUUUAUUAUUCAUUUACAUCUCACAGCAGUCUUGUAUACACACAAUAGUGAAUGAUUAUCGUUACUGAUGAUUAUUUAUUUAAUUAUUAGUAUUUAAUAAUCAAUUAUUAGCAACGUAAUUACGUUGGCUUGUUGCCAGGACGAUUAGCUUAUCCAUUUGUGUUACUAAUUAUAUCUAAUUAAAAUUAUUUAUUAAUAUUAUUAUUUUAUCAACUAUUAUUCAUUUAUUUAUUUUUUGUUUGUAUUUAUUAGUAUUUUUUUUUUAUUCGUUUUGUUCGUUUACGAAUUAUGCACCUGCGAUUUUCAUGGGGUAACGAAAUUGCUUGUCGUUUGAUUAUCAUUAUUACUACUAUUUUUUAUUAUUUUUUUUUUUUUUCAUUAUGCUUUUAGAUUUUUUAAAUUUAUUUUUCACUGACAUUGAUAAUUAAGCUCAUAAUAAUUUUUAAUACGUAUUAUUAAUUUACGUAUAACACUUUUUUUUUUGUGGUUUUUUUUUUUGCUUUUAUUAUUUUUUUUUUUUUUCAAUUUUUUAUUUCCAAAUUAUUUACUUUUUAAUCGUUAAAACAUUUAAUAAAUUUAUUAUUUUACCAUCAUGACAUUCUAAGUCUCAACGAAAACGAAAGCAACAUACAUUUAUUACUUAAUUUUUAUUUUUUUUUUUAAAGAUAAAGUGUGCCAAAUAAAGCAAAACACAAAAGGCCUCUAUAUAAAUUUUUUUUUUAGCUUUUUUUUCCAAUUU